AUGGAUACUGGGAAGGAAGGAGGAGCAGCUUUAUAUGGGAUAUUCUUGCCCGAUACUCUCCAUAAUCAACAUCUAACAUCCGACCUUCCAAAUUCUUCCAGCACAUUGAGUGUCGACAGUACAAAUACCCGAAGGACCCUUUUUAGGGUUCGCACCAGGAUACAUGUGAUCUUCGAGAGUCGCCGUCCCACCAUCCGCCCGGUCGUUGACCUGGCACCGAAUAUCAUCCGCCCCACUGUUGAUGCCUUCUGUCAAGCAGCUGUUGCAGUACUGAUGUCCAUCCGCUGGGGUAUUGCCAGCGAUGCCAGCAUAGCCGUCAUACCCAGAAUCUCUGGUGCAGAACACCGUCUCGCUCAGGCUGGCUAG